UCAUUAUGACUGAGCUGUUUACACGCACAAAAAAUUAUGUUCCAAGAUAUCCCCACUCCAACAGUUAUUUAUUUUUUGGUAAUAUUUGCUAACAUUGAACGUUGUGCCGUCACCUAUCCACGAUAAACGACGAAACAUAUAUAUGACAAAUUCGUUUUUUCUUCAACAAUUGGAACUAUUCACAAUAUAGAAAAUGAAAUAUAAAGUGCUGUGCCCUACCCUUGUUAUAUUUGUACUUGUGCAAUACAUUCCAAUAGGUUUGUCUAUCACUUGUUACGAAUGUGAAGAGCGAAUGGGAAAUCAAUGUGAAAAAAAUGUGAGAAACGUUCUUACUGAAAAUUGUACGGGAUCUUUUGUGUGUGCUAAAUAUAUUUGGAAAGAAUAUAAUAUCUCUACCAUACAUCGAAGAUGCGCUCCUGAGUCAGUUUGCGAUACUGAAAAAGCUCUACAAUCACUACACAGAACAUUAACCACAUGUACCACAUGUAACUCGAAUCUUUGCAAUUCUGGAGAAACUGUCAAUGUAUCAGCCGUAACCGUUCUCACAUCUUUCGUUACUGCAUUAUACUUUUAUUUGAAUUGUUUCUAAACAAUUUCAUUUGUCAGAUCAAAAUUUGAUUAUAAGAUAAUAGGGUGUUUCGGAAACUAUGAUCCUAUCAACUGAUUGCGGCUUUUAACCUAUAACGAGGUUUUUAUCAGAGUUACUGAACGUUGCGUUUAGUUUUUGAUUAAAAUUUCAAAUUUAAACUAGAAUCUACAAAAAUUUUCAUCAGUUCAGAUUGGUGAAUUAAUUUAUAAUGAAUUUUUCUGUGAUCAUAGACCUCAAUUCAGCUAUGCAAGCUUUGUUAAUAAUAAUGAUUAAGCAGUUAUCAGCGAUUUACCAGCUUACAGGUUUUCAAGUCCAUAAAACAAAAAUAAGCUGCCAGUUGAUCGCAUUUAUCCAAAAUAAAAAAAAUUGUAUCAUAUAUCCGAUUACUUGAAUUCCAGUUAAACCGAUCAUAGUUUUCGUAAACUUAAUUAUUAGCUGUUAACGUGUUUCUAAUAAAAUUUACGCAUUUCUUCAA